GUCAGAGGUAGUAGUGCUCACACCAACAUUGGUGCAAAUAGCACAGGAGACUGCUAUGAGCUCGGUGAUGAGCACAGAUGGCAUAUACAAACAAGCUACAUUGUUCUCUGACAGGAUUGGUGACAUUCGGCAGAUUCUGCUGCCCAUUGCGGGCACCUGGUACCACGCAGUCUAUGCCAUGUUUCAGAAUGAACAACUAAAGAUAAAUGGCGCACAGCAACUUAGCGAGGUGAUGCAAACUUAUGCCGAUGUUGUACAGCAGGUCAUGUCAUCAGAUGUUGCAGUGAGAGGCGAGCACCACGAGAGCAUUGCCACACUGCACAGCAAGCUGAAGAAAGCCCAGACCAACACUAAACGUCUUGCUGAGUUGACUUCAUCUGCACUGGACCAGCCUGAUAAGCUGGAGGGCCCUUGCAUCCUGUGGGCCCUCUCCAUCCAGGUCCUGCUGAAUUCACUUGAUAAGAUCUUAGGAGCUGAGGUGCUUAGCAGGCCGGGACAGAGCAUCAGGCAUCAGGUGACUCCACAGAAAAGGCUGGCAGCAAUGUCAGAGAACUCACUGCGGAUCCAGGAAGCAGCAAGACUGACCUCCUCACACUGUAAAAACCACAUUAAUGUUCAGAAAAUGACUGCCUUACAGGAGGAGGUGAAGGCUUUCACAGAGGCCUACCUCCAAGCAGCAGAUGACCUUGGCACUGUGCCCCUCUCAGGCGUCCAUCAGCUUGCAAAGUCUGAAGUCCUACAGAGGCAGCUUCUGAUCAAGAUGAAAGUGCUGUCUGGUAUCAUUAGCAAAAUUAAUAAGGAGUACACCGAUAGUCUUCAAAAUGUUAUCUGCUUAGCUGUUUCAGUUGCCACCAUAGACAGUAAGGACCAUGAAAAGAUGGAGGAAGUACGGGCAAAUUUUGAGAGAGAUGCUGAAUCACUGUUGGGAAAUGUGAAAACUGCCACUCAGAGUGUUCAAGACUGCCUCAGUUAUGUCAGGGACCCCAGGAUUCGAGCCAACUUGAGGUCCAUUAAUGAGCAUCUGUCCUUCCAGAUGUCUGAUAUUUUGAGCAGAGCCAGACAAAUGGUAGAAACUCAGGACAUUGGUGACAUGCCCAAUGUGGAGAUUCAGACACAGUAUUGGUCAGCUAAGGCCCACUUCCUUGUGGCAGAGAUUGACAGGAUGGAAGGCAUUCACUUGGCAACCAAACAAGUGGUCAGACUCAGCCUACAAGGAAAGCAUACCAGUAAAACCCAGGACACCAUUAGUGAAUUUCUGCCCAAUCAGAAGGGGGUGAUACAUCCUGACUCUGCCAUAGGUUCUGGUCAGGCGAACCAUCCAACAGGUCCAAAAGCCACAGAACAGGACACGCAGAGUCCUCCAUUACCCAAGCAGGAGAUAAAAAUGGGUGGCCGUGGGAUCACCACCAGCAGGGGGGCACCCUCCCUUACUUACACCUCCCUCUUCCUAAAGAGAGAGACUGACAAGUGGGAUCCCCAGAACAAUCGCAUCAUACAAGUGACCAGAGACAUGGCUGAGAAGAUCUACCAUAUGACCCAAUACCUGCGCAAGAAAGGGCCUAUACAGAGCAAAGAGGCUUUUGUGACCACUGCCAAAGACGUGGUCACCAGCUGCAAGUCUGUGACCCAGUUCGUUAGAGUCAUCGCUGCCUACUGCCUAGACGAGAGCUGCAGGGAGGACCUCUCCCUCAUCGUGGACCAGAUUCUCACUGUCACCAACCAGCUGACCAUCAUCUCCAGUGUGAAUGCUUUGACCCCCGGGAGUAAAUCCUCAGACGAGAUCCUGGUGAAAAAUGCACAGAACCUGCUCCAGAUCGUCCUGCAGGGAGUACGAGCAGCAGAGACUGCCUGCAUCAAGGGCUUGCGACAGCCGGAGCCAAACUCAGAUGGUGCCGAAGCAGCAGCCAUGUGCUUCCAGUGGAAACAGAACCUUAUUAUCCACCGGGCUCAGCAAUACUCCAACCCAGAGACCGAUGACCUUGGGCUCCGGAAGACCGCCCUGCACCCAGCAGCACCAAGUCUUGCCCCUCCCAUAAAGGUGCAGGACACAUUCAAGUGACCAAGGCCUGUAACUGUCACUCCACAUGUUAGUUAUGUAGCAGUGUGGCAGCAGUAUAGGAUGGGCAGGGCACUGUUCUUUGGACCAGAUGGUAUUGGGUCUGAAACCCAUGUGAGAAAAAUGCAAGACAAAAAUAUACUCAUCGUAGCCUUCACUAACGAAGAGGUCUGUGCAACUCCUUUGAAGUUGUUCUUAAAACAUAAAAAAAGACAUUUCACUUUGGGAUCUGGCCACUGAACUGUAUGUUCCUGUUAAGUUGUUGUUGUCUUUAGGAGAGACUUUAUAUCUGUCUGUAAAACACCCAAUGUUUCAAAGGCCCUGAGGGUCGCUCUUUUCAUUUCACAUGUACAGUAUGCAGUAUGCAAUUAAAGCUUGAAAUUAUUUUACAGCUCUAUGAAAAAUACUUGCAUUGUAGACCCAAAUGAAGACUUUGGUUGGAAUGUAAUGGGGUACACCAAACAGACCUUGAUGUUGCUAACCACAUUCGCUCCAUGGCCUUGAAUUCACUUUAUGGCCUGUACAUCACCCUCAGUGGUAAAAAAUCUGUAGAACAGUGAAACAUUGUGUAGUGACUCCAUUACUCUGUAGUCUAAAACAAUAGUCCCCAUUGUGGAGAUUCUCCUAAGAUGUGUAUUGUUAGUUUAUUACCAUUUGAAUUGCAAUGAUCUU